AUGUUACAGCAACAGCAACAAAAACAGCAGAAAGGAAGUGGUAUGGCAUCAAACUCGGAAAAGGGAAGCUGGAGACAAGAAAAUGGUAGUAACGAAGUGAUACCUUCAUCAUCUCCACUGAAGGACCUGGUGGAAGACUGGUUAUCGUCCGAUGAGGAGCUGCAACAACAUAAGAGAGUAUCUAAAUCUGCAAAACGGGUUGUAAAAGGAAUCAAGCCUCCUUCAUCCAAUAUAUAUACAAUUUCAGCAAAGGAAGAAGCCUUUGUGAAAGACGCUAACGAUUCCCCACGAGGUGGCAACGAGAAUUCCCCAUUAUACCAAACGAGUUCUAUACUGACUUCUAGUCCUGUAUCACCGCUUUUCUAUGAAAAGAUCAAGCCAAUAGUACGGCGUCAUGAUAUUGCAGGAUCAGCGCCAAAUACAAGGGCAGCUUUAGAAAGUAAUAGCCCGCUGGCAGCCAAACACAGAGGAAGUCAAGAACAUACACAGAAAAGCAAUUUGUCGUCAAGAGCCGAUAAAAGCUGGAAGGGAAAGCAUACCCCGGUCAGCCGGUCUCUUUUGCCAGAAUUCACCAGCACAGUCGCCACUACGUCGUCCGUUCAACGUCAGACUAUUCCUCAUGUAAGCCAAAGGAGGUCAACUGAUAAGGCAAGCAACUCGAAAAGAGAUGAGAGAAAUACAAUUAAUACAUCUGCUUGGUCGCAUAUACCACCCAACACCCAUAGCAGCACACAUAGCAGGAUGAGUGCAAACCUUGCAGACCCAUAUUUCCAGACCUGUCCAAUCUGUGAUGCCGAAUUUCCUACGUCGGUCAUUGAAGAACAUGCCGAUGAGUGUAUUGGAAAACUUGUACUAGAACCAGUCCAUCGCCCUAUAAGCAGUCAGAAGCCACUGACACAAAGCUUAUUGGCACCGCUAAAGAGCGCCAAGUCAUUCACCGUAUAUAAAGACGAUACAGGAUCACAGACCAGACCAAAGGUUAUAAGUCGACCAGUAGAUCGCCAAGAGGAAAAAGAAUGUCCUAUAUGUCGGGCCAAGAUUCGUGCUGAUUUGUUGCAAAAACAUGUUGAAGAAGAAUUGGAUGAGCUUUCCUCCGGAUCAGUGCCUUCCAAUAUCCCAUUUCGCUUACCGGCCAUGUCCACCGACGACAAUUCGCAGUCAUCUGCCGUGGGAAAAUAUCCAGAGCCGACGUGCAGCAUACCCGUGGAUGAUGAUAGCGAUUCUGAAUGCAGUGUUAUUGAUCUAGCAUCAGAAUCUAAUUCUGUAAAUGUAGAUAUACAGACUCCUGUGUCCAGCCAUAGACCACGACAACGAUCACUUUCGCCAGUGGAAGGGUUUCAAGAUAUUCGGCAAUUACAAAAUGACGACCCAGGUUAUCAGAUGUACUUUCGGCAGUUUGGCGAUGCCCGACUGGAUAGCGCAAAAUCGCGCAAGAGACGUAACCAAACAGCAGCUGAUCAGGAUGAUGGAGAACCUGGAAUAGCACCAACAGUCAGCAAACGAAAGCCAAAUCGCAAUUAUCGAAAGUUCCGCGGAAACUCCAAUUCACGUCGUCCAAGGCAACGACCAGGUCGGGGAGGAAGAAAGUAG